UCCGCAUUUUAAAAUAUUAUACGCUUUGUAAACUUCAGAUACCAAGGGAGUCUACUCUAAAUGAAAUUUCUUUAUUUUUGAGGAACCGACACAAGAUGGGGUUACUGUCCAAUCCUAAGUCACGGCAGAAGAUUAUAGGAGCUGUCACGAAGUAUAACAAUGUUCUGAGUGCUGCAUGUUAUAUAGUUGGAGUAAUCUGGUUCCUGGCUUUAGCUUACCCACCACUCAAUGCUAAAACUUACUUCUCAGAGAACGCUCUUUUACCAGGUGUUGUUGAAAGUGGAUUCUUCUUUGAAGAUAGUUCAGAAGCUUACAUAGCUGAGAUUAAAGAAGAGCUAAAGAAAGAUAAAAGAAAUGUGCCAAGGGACUGGCUAUUUGAAAAGUUCAGAGAAAUUGGACUGGAUGCAUACAUACAAAACUACACAGUAAAAUAUCCCCUACAAAUUGUUAGAGGACAGCUGGUUCCUGGUCAGAAUGUGUAUGCCAUAUUGCGAGCUAGAAGAGCUGCGAGUACCGAGGCAGUAGUGCUAUCUGUACCAUUCAGAUCUAAAACCUCUGAUUUACCACAGACCUAUGGUGGUAUCAUUGUGAUGCUUGGUCUAGCCAAAUACUUCAUGCGUCAGCCAUACUGGAGCAAAGAUAUAAUAUUCCUCGUUACUGAUCAUGAACAGAUUGGUAUGCAGGCGUGGCUCGACGGAUAUCAUGAAGUACAGUCAGACUACAUCCAGCCUGGAGAGUUGCCUGGUAGAAGUGGUCAGAUACAAGCUGCUAUCAACCUGGAAGUACCAGAUGCUAAUAUAAAAUAUUUUAAUGUGAAGAUAGAGGGUUUGAACGGACAGCUUCCUAACCUGGACCUGGUCAACUUAGUGGUUAGACUGUGUCACAAGAAUAAUGUAGAUGUCAUGUUACAUAAUAGUAGAGAUGUUCCUCAGUGGGAAGCAGAAACCGUGGCUGGUUUCCAGCAGUCAGCUAAAACUAUGUUGAAAAUGAUGUGGGCUCAAGCUUCAGGGUUGCCAUCAGGAAAUCAUGGUCUUUUUCAUAGGUUCCAUAUUGAGGCAGUCACACUGGAAGGAAUCAGACGUAAAAAGACAGGCAAAAUUAGUUUAGCCGUUACAGGAAGGGUAGUGGAGGGUAUAUUCCGCAGCUUGAACAAUUUAUUGGAGAGGUUUCACCAGUCUUUUUUCUUCUACAUUCUACCUGGGACUGAGAGAUACGUGUCCAUUGGUCUUUAUAUGAUACCUUUUGGUAUAAUUUGUGCAUCAUGUCUUGUUAAAGCUAUAGCACUAUGGGUAGGUCUUUGUCAAAGAGAAACAGCGAAAACAGAGAAAAAUACAGAAGAGAAAGCAGGAGAAACUGAACCAAAGGCUGAUGAUGGACAGAAGAAUGAAGAAAAGGGAGAAAAACUUGACAAAGCCUCCUUGAACAAAAUUGUGGAUGAAGAAACUGAGCUUGAUUUUGAAGAUAAGCCGGAAGGAGUGAUCACUAUAUUACCAUUGAUGUUGAGCAGUGUGAUUAUGGCGUUACUGUGUUACACUGGACCGGAAUUACUCUCUAACAUGGCGGUGCCUUUCAAGAUGAACAUAGAAGAUGGGAUCUUCUUUGGAUUCCUUGCCUUAUUUACUGCAUCUCUCUUAUUUCCGAGGAUGGUGGCCAGACGGACAGCAGACGACAAGAGACUGUUAUUUGACUGGGCACUGUUGAAGGCAGUCACACUGAUAUUUCAAUCUUUAGUCUUGUUCUCCCUGGCUUUAUUAAACAUAUCCCUGGCAUUUUUCCUGGCUGUUUUGUUUGUACCAGUUUCUGUCAUAGUUCAUCCAUCCAAAAAGUGGUACUCGAGGUGGGGCCAGAAACUGAUGUUGCUAGCAGUUUCUCCUUUAACUAUACUCUACGCAGCAGCAAUUAUAUCUAGUCUGAAUUCUGAGUACAGGAAUGUACUGGAGCUUCUUUACAUUUCCUGGAAUAAUCUAAGUCAGGGCCUCUUGUUGUCGAUGGUGGAUAAAUAUUUCUUCGGCAGUUGGUUGUUCACUUUGUUUAGUUUUGCCGUACUACCAAACUGGCUUACCUUCUGGGGAAUAUCCUUCUGUGAGGCAGUCUGAGAUUCUGCCUUUGGAAACGGACUUUAAAGAGGACUUUGGGAAUGCUCUCAGCAUGUUUGAAGACAAAAUCCAAUUAGUGGAACCUAAAUUUUGAUUAUGUGACACAAAGAAGCCUUUUCAACCCUAUUGAGAAUACGGUAUUAGAACUUGUAGUGUCUUUUAAGAGAAAGAACUUUAUACAUGUAUUGUGAUUUCCAUUUGUUUGUCAAUCUGUUGUGAAUGUUAUUUUAUGCUUUACUAGGCAACUUCUGAAACAAAAAUAAUGAGGGCUUACUUUUAUUAAAGAUAAAAAUGUUGCACAGAAUAGGUAAACUUUAUUAAGAUGUUUCAUUUAUGAUCAUUAUGCCUCACUUAGAAGAAGCAGUUAUAAAUUCUAUGCACAUGUCAGUCUGUCCACCUUAUAUUAUAUUAUGUUAUCAUUGAAAAAGUUGGAUGUGUUAGAAUGAUUAUAAAAAAUUGCUCAUUAUAAAUUACAUUCCCUUCAUUAAAGUACUGGAUAAACCUCGGUUGUAGUGUGAUUUAGGGUUCAAAAACUGCUGAAUUGAGACUUUAAGUCAUCACUUGUCAUCACUACGAAUGUAAAGCCUAUAGAGUGUGAAAUCCUUCAUGAUUAAAUGCUAUCAUUAUAAAUAAAUGUGACAUUUUCAUUAUACCUUACACAAGUAUCCAUUUAAUUGAAUGUAUUUUUAAGUGUUUUUUGUAUCAUGUACUUCUUUAACAGUGUUUAUAACCCAUUCCAAUAUGGCCAUUUUAUUUAUAUAAGUCACGCAUAAAAGUUGUCUUUGCUUAAUGAGGGUCCAUCCACCCUUUUAGUGAGAGUACGGACCCCAGAGUCAUGCAUGAGACAAAUCUUACCUUUUAUUGUGAGGUGCCCUUGCAUUCACCAUCCAGGGGUGCUGAAGGAAAAACUUACAAGUACAAUUUACCAUUGGAAUUAUACAUAUCUCUCCUUAUUACAAAUUAUCCUGUACCUAGAUGAAUAUACAAUUAACCUGUACUAAAAAGUUCAUGUUGGUGUGUAUGUAGUUAUAUAUAGUUGUUGUGCAAUAAUAAUUUUAAAAAAUACACAUCCUGUCCACUAUGAAGUCAUGGUGCCCAUAACUCUAAUUAUUUUUCAACAUUGACCCAAGGAUAGUUAUCUUUACAUAAUAAUAUCAAGAGCUAAGCAAAUGAUCAAAGAAACUUUUACAUGUCAUACUUUAUUCAUAACUGAUUUUAAGUUAACUUUUUGACUGAAAUAUAAGAUUUUUAAUAUAUUUUGAUAUUUUUUCUUAGAUUUAAGACAGAAAUCCAUAUUUUUCUUGAUCUUAUAUAUAUUCCCAACAGUUUUAAUCGUAAGUUUUGUCCAGAUCUUUAAACUGUAACAACAGAGUUACUCCCCUUGAUUUAGUCUAGAGUUAGGAUAGUUCGUCAUUUGUUUUGUCUCUUUAAAAUUAUCCAUGCAAUUAAAUCCACAAAAGUUUCAGUGCUUUAUUUUGGGCUUUUUGGGGCAAAAGGAAAUUAUGUUGUUUUUUUCUAUUUAAAUCUGUAUAUGAUUCCAUGAAAUUCAGAAUCACAUAGAAUUGCACUUAGAUUCACAAAGCCACAAGAUUAUGUGUUGGU